GAAUUGUUUUUUUUUUUUUUUUUAAAGGAAUUUCUUCAGCACUGUUUCAUUUCAGGGUUCCAAAUUUGUUAUUUCCAUUUUUUAUUAAUUAUAGUUCCCCUUAAAAACCAUAGUGGAGGAGCAGGUAGGGUGAAAAAUUAAUGUCGCAAGCUUGUGAAUAAAGGAACAGAAUGGGGAAGAGAUUAAACACUGAAAUAAAAAAAACAUCUGGCAUUAUAUACUAUACUUAGGACUCCCCUCAUAGCAGCCUAGCUGGUUGGGAAUUUUUUCUUCCCUAAUAUGUAGCAUAGAUUGCCCUUUAUCUUGUAUGAAUCACCCCCCAGGAAAAAAAUCCUGUGGGGAUGAAUUGAAGGGGAAAAACAGUCUCUGCAUUCAAGUUAAUUUUGUGAUCCUCUCCCCCAAUCCCCUCCAAAAUUGUAAGCUAAAUGAAGUUCCCCAUUCCUACCUGAAAAAGGAAUUGUGAGGGAGGUGAAUAAUCUCACCGGAACAGUGUGAACUAGGAAUCUUGAAUGUUUUCUCCCGUCUGCUGUGGCCUUGUCUUUCCAAAUCUCGAGUGCAGAAAUGGACAGCACCGGUCAAAACAAUCUGAAACGGAAUAAGUCUGAGAAGAAAUUAUUGAGGAAACAGAUCAAGGCCAGAAACACUUUAAUGAGGCAUGAGGGCAUUGAGUGUGUAUCGCACACCACAAAGAGCUUGGUCGUUGCCAAUGGAGGUCUGGGUAAUGGUGUGAAUAGACACCAACUGCUCAGGAUAGUAGAGGAAUGUGGAUUGGUGGAAGCACUCUUAAUGCCUCCAAAUAAACCGUAUUCAUUUAUGAAAUAUGGGUCGACAGAAGAAGCAAAGAAAGCCUACGACACUCUCAAUGGGAAAGAGAUAACACUGGAGGACUCCGACCAAAAUGUUACUCUGUAUGUUAACUUUGUGGAAAAAGUGCAUUGGGAGGACAUUAUACCUAUUAGCUUGCCUCCAGGCCUGAUGAUGGUUGAAGAGCUUGUGUCUCCUGAAGAAGAACAAAAGAUGUUGGAAAGUAUUGAUUGGACAGAAAAUGAAGUCAUUCAAAAUGCCCAGAAGUCUUUAAAACACAGAAGGGUAAAGCAUUUUGGAUAUGAGUUUCGAUAUGACAACAACAAUGUAGACAAAGAUAAACCAUUGCCUGGAGGGCUCCCGGGAAUUUGCAGGAUGCUUCUGGAGAAGUGCUUGAAGCAAGGAUAUAUCAAACAUAAACCCGAUCAGUUGACAAUAAACCAGUAUGAACCUGGACAAGGAAUUCCUCCUCAUAUUGAUACUCAUUCUGCUUUUGAGGAUGAAAUAACCUCUCUCAGUUUAGGAGCUGAGAUUGUGAUGGAUUUUAAGCACCCAGAUGGCCGUACAGUGGCGGUUAUGCUUCCUCAACGGAGUUUACUGGUGAUGACUGGAGAAUCUAGAUAUCUGUGGACUCAUGGGAUCACGCCUCGAAAGUUUGAUAUUGUUCAUGCAUCUGAGCGACAGAAAGUUGGAUCAGUCACUCCUGAUGUUGGGGAUUUGACAUUAAACAGGAGGGGAACAAGGACAUCGUUUACUUUUAGGAAAGUGAGGCGAAGCCCUUGCAAUUGCAUUUACCCUUCUGUAUGUGACAGUCAGCAAGGCCAUCAAAGAGAGGAAGCACCCUCAUUCCAUGACAGUGAGACAGAGGCCCCAAAGCUGGAACAAGAGUAUGUACACAAGGUGUAUGAAGAGAUCGCAACACACUUCAGCAGCACCAGGCAUAGUCCGUGGCCCCAAAUUGUUGAGUUUCUUAGGACUUUACCAAAAGGCUCUAUAGUGGCUGACGUAGGUUGUGGAAAUGGGAAAUAUCUCGGAAUCAACAAGGACUUGUACAUGGUGGCAGACCUGGAAAUCGAAGAGAUGCGUGCAUCACUGCAGGAUUGUUUUACAGAAGGACCUUGCUCAUCGCUGAUUUAUUCUUUUGAUAUUGGCUGUGAUCGUAGCCAAAACCUGGUGGACAUCUGUGGAGAAAAGAAAUUCCAGGCGUUUGUUUGUGACGCAUUGUCUGUGCCAGUUCGAAAUAGUUCUUGUGAUGCCUGCAUCUCCAUCGCUGUAAUCCACCAUUUUUCUACAGCAGAAAGAAGACUGGCUGCUGUCUGUGAAUUAGCCCGGCUCCUAAGGCCUGGCGGAAAGGCACUCAUUUAUGUCUGGGCAAUGGAACAAGAAUACAACAAACAGAAGUCAAAGUACCUUAAGGAAAAGAGAGAUAGUAAAGGGAAAGAAGAGGAAAUCAAUAGUGAUGUGGCCUGGGGAUUGUUCUGUGAUCAAACGCAUGACAACGGUAGCCAAGACUCAGCAUGUUCUGACCAAAUCCUUAAUGACUCUAAGGAUAAAGGCGGCAACGCAAAGCAGGUAAUUAACUCCAAGCUGCCUGUUCAUACUAACAGAACGUCCUUUCAUUCUCAAGAUGUGCUGGUUCCCUGGCACCUGAAAGGGGGCACUAACAAGAAAGGGGAAUGUGCCAAAGUCCUUCAGCUUCCAGCUGGUUCUAAGGAAUUGCAAGAAUUCAGUCCUGUUUUCCACCGCUAUUAUCAUGUGUUCUGUGAAGGAGAACUGGAAGCAGCCUGCAAAACCCUGGAUUGCAUAAGAAUUCAAAAGAGUUACUAUGAUCAGGGAAACUGGUGUGUGGUUCUUGAAAAACAGUAACCCGCUGAAAGAGAUGCUAUUUUCAGCCUAAAUCUUUGCCUGGGGUAGUACUGUGCAGAGGCAUUUUAAAACCCAUCCUGUAGUUGUUACUGCCUUUAAAAUUGUACAAUAAACACAGUUAUUUUAAGACAUUAGCCAAGGUUA